AUGAGAAACUAUGAUGUAGUCUAUGUCUAUAUCAAUUCAACGGUUCCACAGUUCCGAGUCCGGUUCCGAAUGACAUUUGAAAUGUUGAAUCAGUUCUUCAAAAAAUUAUUUUUCCAUUCGACAAACGUUUGGUCCAAUUGGGCCGGUAAUCAAAUAUCGAAACCUGAACAAAUAUUUAAACCAAAAACAUUAGAAGAUUUGCAACUGAUAAUUGCAAAUGCUCGGCGAAAUUCAAAACAUAUUCGAUGUUAUUGUUCCGGUCAUACAUGGAGCUCAUUAUCAGUGACGAAUGGUUAUCUAUUAGAUAUGACAGAUAUGAAUAAGAUAUCAAUUGAAUAUAAUAAAGAAUAUGAAUGUUGGACAGCAACAGUCGAAUCUGGGGUUUCGGUUGAAGAUCUGGAUAAUGUAUUGAAACAACAUAAUCCUUCAUUGGCUGUAUCAUCAAAUACUGUAAUAAAUUCUAUUCGAUAUGGUGGAAUCAUUGCAACUGGAUGUCAUGGUGCAGGAACAAACUCCCAUACAAUACCUGAUCAGAUGAUUAAAAUUGAAAUUGUUUGUGCAGAUGGUGAAUUGUAUGAAUUUUCCGAUAAAAUAAAUAAACUAGAAAUGUCUGCUGCUAGAGUUAAUCUUGGAGUGUUAGGAAUUAUUUAUAGAAUGACACUUAAAGUUGAACCAAUGUUCAGAUUAAGAAUGACCGACACACUUUUAGAAGUUCAACAAGUUACAUCCAACAGUGAAUAUUUAAAACAACUUGUGCUUAAUUCAGAUGGUGUUGAAAUAUUUUAUUUUCCAUUUAAUUCCUGUGGUUUAAAUUCAAACAAUGAUAAAAUUUGGAUUAAAACAUGGGAACGAACAAACGAUAAUCUAACAGAAUCAGGCUUGCCGUUAAAUUUUAAACGUUUAAGUCAAAAUUUACAAACAGGCUUUAGUGAACCAUUAUUCGAAACAAUGGUUAAGCAUCCGUCAAUAACGCCUCAUCUGCUGUAUUUAUUAUUUCAGAUCAUAAAAGAAGAAUCAAAUGUUUUACUAGCACCAGACGCUUUGCAUUAUCAGCAAGGUAUUGAUAAUAUUCUAUGUCUUGGCAUGGAAUUUAUUUUCAAAGUAGAUGAACAAUUUUCAAAUGUUUGGCCGAAGUGGAAUUACGUCAUUUCUAAAACAUAUGAAUUAGCCAAGAAACAGCCAACGCCAUCUUAUCCAUUUAAUCUUACGAUGGAAAUGAGAUUUAUUAAAAGUAGUCAAGCUCUGUUAUCACCAGCCUAUGAUCAGAAUAAAGAUGAAAUUUAUUGUGCAAUUGAAAUAGUGAGUAUAAAGAAUUCAUCAGGAUUCAAUGAAUUUUCAAAUGAUGUUGCUUUAAAUUGGAUAUCCAACGGUUCGAAAGCUAACCCACAUUGGGCAAAGAUGUGGGAGCAUUUAAAUGGUAUUGUGCCGUAUAUUCAACAAACACAUCAACAAGACAAUCUACUUGGACAAUUUAAUAGUAUUCGGACAAAAUAUGAUCCAAAUGGACUAUUUUUUGAUAACAAAUC